AUGGACAAUUCUACUUGCAAGGUUGAAUUCAACGAUGAUGUUGCAGACAUGUUACGACAGACAAAGCUUGUAAUAUGGGAUGAGGCACCAAUGGCGCAUAAGUAUGCAAUAGAAUUGCUUGACAGAACUUUGAAAGAUGUUAUGAGUGCAAACAAAAAUUCAACUGAUGUAUUUGGUGGAAAGGUUGUUGUUUUCGGUGGCGAUUUCAGACAGAUUUUACCUGUCGUCCCCAGAGGCAGUCGUUCCGAUAUUGUACACUGUGCCAUAAAUGCAUUUUACAUAUGGCAUUCAGUUGAGGUAUUAACAUUGACAAGAAACAUGCGGCUACGAACAGGAUCAACACAGACUGGCAAAAAUGAGAUAGCACAGUUUUCAGAUUGGCUUUUAAGAAUAGGAGAGGGCCGAAUAUAUGAGCCUAAUGAUGGCACCGCCGAAAUCAACAUACCACCUGAUAUUCUGAUAACAAAAUUCGAUGAUCCAAUUGUGGCCAUUGUCAAUACCACAUACCCUGAUUUCAUAAAUAAUUUCCAAUGUGUUGAUUACCUUAAAAGUCGAGCGAUACUAGCCUCUACACUGGAGAUUGUUGAUCAGAUCAAUGACCAUAUACUUAACUUAAUGCCAGGAGAGAUGCGUGACUACUACAGCGCAAAUUCAGUUGACAAGUCUGAGAUUCAUGACCCAACAGUAGUUGAUAUCCUCACGCCAGAAUUUCUAAGUUCCCUCCGAACAUCAGGUUUGCCAAACCAUCACUUAAAACUAAAGGUUGGGACACCUAUAAUGCUCAUGAGGAAUAUAGAUCAAUUUGAAGGUUUGUGUAACGGCACAAGGCUGUGUAUAACAAAGAUGGCAGCCCAUGUACUCGAGGCUUCAAUAAUGGGUGGUAAAGGUUUGGGAAAUUUGGUUUACAUACCUCUAAUGGACAUCUCACCAUCCCAAUCACCAUGGCCAUUCAAACUGAAUAGGAGACAGUUCCCUAUUAUAGUUUCCUAUUCUAUGACAAUCAACAAAUCACAGGGACAGUCAUUGGAUAACGUUGGUUUGUACUUACCAAAAGAUGUAUUCACACAUGGCCAGAUUUAUGUCGCAUUGUCAAGAGUAACAAUAAAAAAGGGAAUCAAAAUACUGAUACAUGAUGAAGAAAAGAAAUUCAGGGGAAAACUACAAAUGUUGUGUAUAAAGAAGUUUUUAACAAUGUCUAAGUUUUAA